GGAGGCUGCACGUGGGCUCGGGUUUGGAAACUUUCUGGCUGUGCCAUGGAUACACCGCUGAGGCGCAGCCGACGGCUGGAAGGCCUAGAGCCCGAAUCCCGCGAGAGCCUCACCCCAGUUUCGCGGGUGAAACGGGCCCUUGUGGAGUUUGAGUCAAACCCAGAAGAAACACGGGAACCCGGGUCAUCUCAAAGUGUGCUGCAAGCUGGCCCGGAGUCCCUCCAAAGUCUGCCGGAGACAAGGCCGAGAUCCGGUAGUCUGCAGCAGGGUACAGACUUGGGGUCCCCCGAGAGGGAGCCAGAGCCGGGCCCAAGGUCCCCCCACCGUCAGCAAGAUCUAAGUCUGGUGUCUCCUCAAAGAUGGCCAGAGUCGAGUCCUGCGUCCCCCCGACGUCGGCCAAAUCCAAGUGAAAAGUCACCGAAGUUCUCUGAGGACUUGAGAGAACUGGCCUCGGAGUUGCCCUGGAGUAAAGAGGAGUGUACCCCAGAGGCUCCCCUAAAUCAGCUGCAGCCGGGCCCAAGAUCACCAGAGCCUUCUCCCGGUCAGCAACCGCCGGGUCCGGAGCCCUCACAGCCACUGCAGGAGCUGACACCGGAGGUACCAGGCUCCCCCCGGGGUCCGGACGAGCCCAGCAAGCACCCUCUGGCCAGGAAGACGGUGAUAGGAGUCCUCGAAGACAAGAAGCGAAAAAGCUUUUCAGGCCAGGACCCGGCGUGCAAGAAAUUGAAGAAGGAGAAGAAGGAACUUCCUGUAAUCCCGAAGGGGAAGCCCAAAUCGGGGCGGGUAUGGAAGGACCGGUCCAAGAAAAGGUUUUCCCAGAUGGUUCAGGACAAGCCCCUGCACACAUCCUGGCAGCGGAAGAUGAAGGAACGGCAGGAGAGGAAGCUGGCCAAGGACUUUGCCCGGCACUUGGAGGAGGAAAAGCAAAGGCGCCGGCAGGAGAAAAAACAGUGCCGAGCUGAGAACCUGAAACGCCGCCUAGAGAAUGAGCGGAAGGCUGAGAUUGUCCAAGUGAUCCGAAACCCUGCCAAGCUCAAGCGGGCAAAGAAGAAGCAGCUACGCUCCAUUGAGAAGCGGGACACCCUGGCCUUACUGCAGAAGCAGCCGCCCCAGCAGCCAGCAGCCAAGAUCUGAGCUCAGGACAGCCCAGAGGCCUUCCAUGGCCAACAACCAUGUGGGACAUGACACUCUGAGCCCACUGGUCAGACACCUCUGGCAGACCUGGCUCUCUAACUCUGUGACUCUAAAACAGGGACACCACCCCAGCUGGAGCUCCUAGGUCUUUGGAGGCUUGUAGAUAAGUGUCUGGGACAGAGACCCAAAGGAAACCUUGAGACCUGGCAGAGGUGGAGGAGGGGAGAGGCUCAGCCCCCCUCCCUCUCUCCCCUUCCUCUGAGUGCCUUCAGAUAAAGAACAGCAAAUUCUCUGGUUUGUCAUUGAGCUGGCGAUAGAGGCCAGCAGUCAGGAUUCCAGCUCCCCACACACUUUCUAAAGGGGCACCUCUGAGCCCCACUGUCCCUGUCACCUAGCAAACUAAAUCCAGCUCUUCCCCAUGUUCAACACUGAAGGAUUAAAUUGGGAGAUUGACAGGAGUAGGGUUUCUCUCUAGCACCCCCUUUCCCAAACUAGAUUCUGUAGAAGCCCGAAAGAUCUAAUUCAUACCCAUCCGGUCUCCAACGAAAAUAUUUAUUGAAUCCCUGUUGUGUACAGGCACAAUAAUAGGCACCAGGGAAUACAGACAAAUGUCCCUGCCCUGGAGGGCUUUCAUUCUGACAGAACAUAAUAAACAAGUAAAAUACACUGUGUGGCA